CCUCAGGUGCGGUACAAAUAUGAGAGACGAAGAUGGAAAGAGAGAGGAAAGAAAAAUGUUGGAACACAUAACAGCAAGCGAGAUAGCAGGGUACGCAGUGGGCACUCUCCUCCUCUCCGCCACCAUUUCAGCCUCCAAGAUCGACUCCUUCAUUUCUUCCUCUCAGCGCAGCUCUCUGGGGAUGUGCAAGAGAUGCGGUGACCUGAAGUUGAUCGCUUGCUCCAGAUGCAGGGGCUCCGGACUGAUUAAAGAAGGAGGGCCGCCCUUCAGUUUGAUUCCUGUGGUUGAUGGGAACCCCCGGAGUUUCGGUGUGAAAACUAAGAAGCAGGCUUCUUGCCCCAAUUGUCGGGCAAGAGGCCAUUUUUCCUGCCCCGACUGUCGCUGCUCCAAGCUUCACUCUUGAUUUUCAGCUCAUCUUUUCCUAUAAUGUUUACAUACCAUACAUACAUGUUCCAUUUUGUUCAAGUUAUAUUAUCUUUUAAGGUUGAAUGAGGUUAUACGGACAAGCUUGUGUUGUUUUUGUAAUAUCAUAGGCAGAUUAUUGUUUUUUUAAAUAUUAUUACUACAUUAUAAUUUACUGGAUUGGAUUUUUUAUUAUAAUUUAUAUUGUAUUUUUAAUAUAAUUUAGUGGGCUGUGAACAUGUUUUGUGGGCUUGCCA